CCGGUGAGCGCGCCUCAUCCGCACCCCGAGAAGCGGUGAGCGCUUCCCCAUCGGCUGCUGGAGAGACCCCGAGCGCAUCUUCAUCCUGGCUCCGAGAAACGGUUGUGGACACAUUCGUGUCAAGAUGAAUGAAUCCUUUGAUUGUUACCACUGUAAAGAGUCUCUCUUUGGAAAGAAAUACGUCCUAUGGGAGGAGAACCCCUACUGCCUGACGUGCUACGAUACCCUCUUCGCUAGCACAUGUGAGGAAUGUGGCAAGCCCAUUGGAUGUGACUGCAAGGAUCUGUCCUACAAGGACCGACACUGGCAUGACACCUGUUUCUUCUGCGCACUGUGUAAGAACUCACUGGUGGACAAGCCCUUCGCUUCCAAAGAGGAGCAGCUGCUCUGCAUCGAGUGCUAUUCCCACGAGUAUUCGUCCAAGUGCCAGCUCUGCACAAAGACCAUCAUGCCAGGUACCCGCAAGAUGGAGUACAAGGGCUAUAACUGGCAUGAGAUGUGCUUCGUCUGCCAUCACUGCCAGGAGCCGAUUGGGACCAAGAGCUUCAUCCCAAAGGACGAUGAGAACUACUGCUUGCCCUGCUAUGAGAAGCAGUAUGCCAUGCGUUGCAUCCAGUGCCACAAGCCCAUCAUCACCAGUGGCAUCAGCUAUCGCGAACAGAACUGGCACAAGGAAUGCUUCGUGUGUGCCGUCUGUGGGAAGCCUCUGUCAGGACAGCAUUUCACGUCCCGGGAUGACUCUGCCUACUGCAUCAACUGCUUCUGCGACCUGCACGCCAAGAAAUGCGCCGGCUGCACCAACCCCAUCAGCGGUAUAGGUGGCACCAAGUACAUCUCCUUCGAGGACCGGCAGUGGCAUGACAACUGCUUCAACUGCAAGAAGUGCUCCCUUUCGCUGGUGGGACGUGGCUUCCUCACCGAGCAGGACGACAUCCUGUGUCCUGACUGUGGGAAGAACAUCUGAGCGCCGUGUCUCCCUGCUAGCUGCCUGCGUCCUGGCCUCCACCUCAGCUCGGCUCCACCACCAGGCCCAAUUCUGCACACAC